AUGCGACCAUUUUGUAUUUUUAUCACUUUGUUUUGGUGUGCUGUUGCGGAAGAUUUUCCAUCGCUGAUAUCUGCAAAUGCUUCCAUAGCUGUUGUACUAGACCACCAAUUCCUGGGAGACCAGUCCCAGCCGAUAUUGGAUGAGCUAAAGAACCACAUCAAGGAACUUUCGAGGGUAGAGCUGAAGCAUGGCGGUGUCAUCGUGCACUAUUAUGCUUGGACUGCGAUAAACCUCAAAAAAGGUUUUCUGGCUGUAUUCAGUGUGGCAUCCUGCCAAGAUACCUGGUCUUUGUACAGACGAGUAAUGGAAGAAGAAAUAUUCUUAUUUGCGCUCACUGAAGUGGACUGUCCAAGAUUGCCAAGGAACACCGCAUUGACGGUGACCUUCGCUGCACCUGGUGAUGAGCUACCACAACUGCUUUUAGACUUGAGGACCGAGAGGGCAUUUAACUGGAAGUCAGCAGUUAUUCUGCAUGAUAAUACGUUAAACAGAGAUGUCGUAUCACGCGCGGUACAAUCUCUAACUUCACAAACCGACAACCAGCUGCCGUCGACCUCCGUGACCGUCUACAAAAUGCGAUACGUACUGAACGAUUAUUUACGACGAAAAGAAAUCAACAGAGUUCUGUCUAAACUCCCGGUGCAGUAUAUAGGAGAAAACUUUGUCGCAAUAGUCAAAUCAGAAAUGAUGCUGACUAUGGUGGAAGCAGCCCGGGACCUGGGCAUGUCCCACACCAUGGCACAGUGGCUCUAUAUCAUCACGGAUUCCCGGCGUCGACACAACACCACACCCAACGAACUGUUCGAAGGAGAGAAUGUUGCUUAUAUUUACAAUACGACCACCGAUAGCAUGGACUGUAAGAACGGCAUACUAUGCUAUUGUAAAGAGUUGAUGGGUGCAUUUAUAUCUGCCCUAGACACGGCUGUUCAGGAUGAGUUUGACGUGGCCGCUCAGAUCUCUGACGAGGAGUGGGAAGCCAUCAGACCCAGCAAGAUACAGAGAAGGGAUAUGUUACUCAGGCAUAUGCAACAAUACAUAUCAGUGUACAGCGGAUGUGGCAACUGUAGCAGAUGGGAGGCGAUGGUGGGAGACACGUGGGGAACGACGUACCAACGACAAACCGACAUCAUGGAUGACAACCAGGAUGGAGGGAAUAAGACGAAUUUGAUAGAACAUGUCGAGUUGUUGCAGGUUGGGUAUUGGCGUCCAGUCGAUGGUAUCAAGUUUCAAGACAUCUUGUUCCCACACGUCCAACACGGCUUUCGUGGCAAAGAAUUACCCAUACUGACUUAUCACAAUCCCCCGUGGACGAUACUUCACACAAAUGCCUCAGGGUCGGUUGUAAGCUACAGUGGAUUGCUGUUUGAUAUCGUUGGUCAGUUGGCAAAGAGCAAAAAUUUUACGUGA